ACGCCUUUCUUGGGAAAUAAUUCGUAUGAGGUACUGCUAUAUGGUUUUCUCAUGCAUUUAUUCUGCAACUAAUCUGCGCCUAAUUUUUAUGCCAUGAAUCUUUCUGCAUUGCGAUUGUCAGUGCUUCAAUAUCCAUUUUUGUAUUGUGCUGCUUUUCCGCCUGUUUAUUUUUGUUUAAUCUUGUUCGAGAAGGUGGGGAUUUUCGGUAUUUGUUGGGAUUCAUUGUCUGGUGUGGAAGUUUAACAAUUAAUAUUUAGGAUCUGAUUGAGCCUUAAUUGAUAAUGGCUAAGGAGAUGACGAGUUAAAAAAAAAAAUUGUUUGUACUUUCUUAGGGAUUUGAACGUAAUAAGCUCUGUUUUUUCAUGUUAUCUCUUCUUUAUUCAGGAAGAUAUGCUCAAUUUUUAUGGUGUUUACAGUGAUCAAGAUACUAAGACAUAAACAAGAAAGAGAGAUUUAUUGAUUGGAAAAUGGGGGGCGGAUCUGAAACAUUUCAUAUUGAAGAGGAGAAGCUGGAGAAGGAAAAGAUUCAUUUUAGGGCUGAGAGCAAAAUUGAAAAGCAUGGUGAAGCAGAAGAAAAGACUAAGGUGGAGGUUGAAGUUGAAGCUAAAUCAGUGGUGACAGACAAGCCAACACAUGUAACGGAGAAGAAAGAAGAUGAGCAGGAUAAGAAGAAAGAUGAGAAGGAUAAAGAGAAGAAGAAGAAGAAGAAGAAGAAAGAGAAGAAAUCUGGAGAAGAAUCCAAUGAGGAGGUGGAGAAAGAGAAAAGUGAAGUAGAAGAAGGCGACGAGGGGAAGAAAAAGAAGAAAGAUAAAGACAAGAAACACAAGAAGGAUAAAGAGGAGGAAGAUGAAGAGAAAAAGAAAGACAAAGAAGUGAAGAAGAAAGACAAAUCAUCCAAAGAUGUGGAAGGUUCUGCAGGAGAAUCGAAUGAAGAAAAUGAGGGUGAAGGUUGUGAAAAAGAGAAGAAGAAGAAGAAAGAUAAGAAAAAGAAACACAAGGAGGGAGACAGAGAAGCCGAGAUUCAAGGGGAAAAAGAGUUGGAAGGAGAAUCCGAGAAAGAGAAGAAGAAAGGGAAGGGCAAAAAUGAGGAUGAGAAGAAGAAAAAAGAUAAGAUGACUGAAGGGAAGGGAUCAGAAGGGCAAGUUAGUGAAGAAAUCUCAGAUGAAAAAGGAAAGGAGGCAAAGAAGAAGAAAUGUGGUAAGGGCAAGGAAGAGGAGAAAGGGAAGAAAAAGAAAUCCAAAGGAAAAGAAGGAAAAUCUGAUCAAGAAACAGAGGAGAAGGCGGGGGUCGAAUCUGAAAUUGCCACCAGGGAUGUUCACAUAGAAGGAAACGGAGAAGAGAUGACCAACAAUGAAUCUGGGCACAAAAAGAGAGAGAAGACAAGAAGAAAAUGAAGAAUGAGAAGAAACAAAGAUUUGAAGAGAAGUACAAUGCGAGGGACCUUGAUAAGCUGAAAACAAAACUUGACAAGAUAAACUUUAAGAUUGAGAGUCUUCUUGAGAAAAAAGCCGACAUCAUGAGACUGAUAAAGGAAGCUGAGGAUAAAAAAACUGUCAGUGGUAAGGAUGCAGCAGGAGAUGAAGGCAAAGAAAAACUAACUACAGUUGAGGUAGCUUAGACAAUAGUGUGUUUUUGUAAACUAUACUAUCGUAUCUGUAUUACUUUUAAAGCUUUACAUACUUAUUGUCAUUACGUGUGAUUUUGGUGUGUUUGAAUAUAAGCUAGAGAGAGAUUUUGUGUAUCAUAUUGAGAGAUAUUUGUGUAAAGGAAGAUCAAAGCUUCCAUAGACCUUCUUCAUAUAUUUAUACACUGAUAGGGUUACAUCGGC